UUUCCCCCCAAGCAGCAACCAGUAUGGGCAGCGCCUCUUCGACGAUCGUGGCGACGACGGGCACGUGCAGCGGCAUCAUGAGCAACCCGCCUGUCACCGCUACUUCGUGCAAGGGCUCGUGGAACCCGUCCUCGGGGACCUGUACGAUCCAGCAGCCGUCGUUCACGUCUGGCAGCUGCUCUGGUGUGUGGGCGUGGGCGCCCAACUACGGUCCGUUCGGUGCUGCGUGCGCGUGUGUCAGCGGCGCGGGAUGUCCGUCGAGCAAGCUUUGCACCGGGUGUCUCAAGAACGGCGUCUGCUCGGGCGACUUCACGACCGCAUCCGAGUGCAACACGUUUGCGAACGCCAAGUGGUGCGGCGCGUAAGUGCAAUAGUGUCUAUCGUCGACGUGAUCAAGACAGACGUCCAUGUAAUUCUUCAAUGUACGACAUUUCCUCUGUA